AUGCAUUUGCUACCCCGCGAGCGUGAUAAAUUGUAUGUGCGUCAGGCUGGCCUCCUAGCGCAGAGUCGCUUGGCACGAGGCCAGCGCCUUAACCAGACCGAGACCGUGGCCCUACUUUGCACUGUAUUGCUUGAGAAGGCGCGCGAUGGCAACAUUAGUGUGUCGCACAUGAUGCAGCUCGGCAAGACCAUUUUGGGCUACUGCCAUGUGCUUCCUGGUGUAGCGCAGCUGACCAAAGAGGUCAUGGUUGAGGCUACCUUCCGCGAUGGCACAUUCCUGAUCGCCGUCGACGAUCCCGUGUGCUCGCCACGCGGCAAUCUCGAACUCGCAUUGUAUGGCUCGGGCCUGCCGGUGCCUACGUCGCCGGACUUGUUCCCGGAAGUGAUGGCGCCGGAAGGCCCAGUACCCGGCACUACAGUCGUGGCUGAAGCACCGCCAAUUGUGCUCUUUCCCGAGUACCGCCGCAUCCAGCUCGAUAUGGUCAACUCGGGUGAUCGGCCUAUCCAGGUCGGCUCACACUUCCCGCUCAUGAAGGUGAACCCUGCCCUACUAUUCGACCGCGAGGCAGCGCGUGGCUACAAACUGGAUGUCGCCGCGGGCACUGCGCUGCGCUUCGAGCCAGGCGACUCGAAGCGUGUCACGCUUGUCGAGAUGGGUACCACAUACAAGGCGCGUAUCGAACGCGGCGAUACCGGCGUUCCAGAAGAUGGCCCUGAGCCCUUCAAGCUCUCUCGACUCGCCUACAACUCGCUGUAUGGCCCGACCACGGGCGACCGCGUCCGUCUUGGCGAUACGGACCUGUGGGCGGUCGUCGAGAAGGACUACACGGUGUAUGGCGACGAGUGCACGUUUGGCGGCGGUAAGGUCCUGCGCGAUGGCAUGGGCCAGUGUUCAGGCCGACCUGCCGACACGGUGCUUGAUACUGUCGUGACAAAUGCGCUCAUCCUCGACUCGACGGGCAUUGUCAAGGCUGACAUCGGCAUCAAAAACGGCCACAUUGUCGGCAUUGGCAAGGCGGGCAACCCCGACACGAUGGCGUACGUGACGCCCAACAUGGUCGUUGGGUCUUGCACCGAGGCCAUCGCCGGCGAGCACAUGAUCCUUACGGCCGGCGGCCUCGACUCGCACGUGCAUUUCCUCACGCCGGAUAUGGUUGAGGAGGGCCUUGCGAGCGGCAUCACGACGCUCAUCGGCGGUGGCACGGGACCCGCGCACGGAACGCGCGCGACUACGUGCACGCCAGGCCCGUGGCAUGUGCGCCAGAUGCUCUUAGCCACUGACACGAUGCCGGUCAACGUCCUGUUUACCGGUAAGGGUAAUGACUCCGGCGAGCAGCCGCUGCGUGAUCAGAUCGAGGCUGGCUGCGGCGGUCUCAAGGUACAUGAGGACUGGGGCGCGACGCGCGAUGUAAUUGACUGCUGUCUGCGUGUGUGCGACGAGUACGACGUGCAGUGCACGAUCCACACUGACUCGCUGAAUGAGACGUGCUUUGUGGAGGGCACCAUUGAAUCGUUCCGGGGCCGCACGAUCCACACGUACCACUCUGAAGGCGCCGGUGGCGGCCACGCGCCUGAUAUCAUCCGCGUGUGUGGCGAGUCGAAUGUACUGCCCUCGUCCACGAACCCGACGCGCCCUUACGCGCGGAAUACGGUGGACGAGCACCUUGAUAUGCUCAUGGUGUGUCACCAUCUGAGCAAGAACAUUGCCGAAGAUGUGGCGUUUGCUGACUCGCGCAUCCGUGCAGAGACCAUUGCAGCAGAAGAUGUGCUGCACGACCUUGGUGCCAUCAGCAUGAUGAGCUCUGACUCGCUCGCGAUGGGUCGCAUCGGCGAGGUCAUCUCACGGACCUGGCGCACAGCCAACAAGAUGAAGAACGAGCGCGGUCCGCUACGCAUAGAGGGGGAGACCGACUCGAUCACGAACGACAACUUGCGCAUCAAGCGCUACGUGUCCAAGUACACGAUCAACCCCGCUAUCUCGCACGGUAUCGCGCACAAGAUCGGCUCGAUCGAGGUGGGCAAGGCGGCCGACCUGAUCAUCUACCAGCCAGAGCACUUUGCCGUGCGUCCCGACAUGGUGCUCAAGUGCGGACAGAUUGUGCUGGCCAACAUUGGCGACUCGAAUGCCAGCAUUCCGACCGUGGAGCCUAUGUACCUGCGGCGCUUGUUUCCCUAUCAGCCCAAGAGCGCGGCCCAGUGCAGCAUGGCGUUUGUUAGCCAGGCGAGCCUGCCUAAAGUGGCCACAUACGGCCUCGAUAAGCACGUUGUCGCUAUUAAGGGCUGCCGCUCGCUGAAGAAGUCGGAUAUGCGCUGGAAUGACGCCUUGCCAAAGGUUCACGUCGAUCCUGAAACGUUUAUCGUACACGCCAAUGGCGAAAAGCUCACGACCGAGCCGGCCGACGAGGUGCCUCUCGCACGGGCCACGGGCCUGUUCUAG